CUUCGUGCAAACCACCUGAAGGAUGAUUAUAUGUGGGUCUAUCCUUCGAACCCCUCUAUGAGGGACUGAUAAUGCCAAAGUGAUCGCAGAAGGAGUGGCUUCAACAAAGACUGAAUGAGCGACUUCAUUGCUGGACCUGAGACAUUAUAAACAACGUCCCUGGUCUUUCGCAAAUCCGUGGACCCGUCGCUGGGUCCAACGGUGUGGAACCUGCGGCCAGUAGCCUGUCCGACGUCAUGGUUAUCCACACUACGAGGCAAGACAAGCACCUUGUGUGAUUAGGACGCUGCGUCAAAUUGACGUCGGCCUCUAUCCACGCUGGUAUAAAGACCGUUUGUUGGCCUUGCUAGAAUCGGAUCAGACAAACCACUUUUUUUGCACUAAGAUCCUCAAUUAAUAUUUUGCAUAUUCACUCACAACUCAUUAAACCCACAACUUGAUACACAAUGGCCACCACAUUCAAGCUUAACACCGGCGCAGAGAUCCCUGCUGUUGGAUUCGGUACCUGGCAGGACGCCGAUGCUCAGGAGAAUGCCGUUCUCGAAGCCAUCAAGGCCGGCUACCGUCACAUCGAUACCGCCCGAGUAUACGGCACCGAGAAGGCCGUGGGCCAAGCCAUCAAGAAGAGCGGCGUCCCCCGCGAAGAGCUCUUCGUAACCACCAAGCUCUGGAACAACAAGCACCACCCCGACGAUGUCCCCCAGGCGCUUCAGGACUCGCUCAACGACCUGCAGCUCGACUACAUUGACCUCUUCUUGAUCCACUGGCCCGUUGCGUGGAAGCGUGGCGACGAGCUGUUCCCCAAGGAGAACGACAAGGCCGUUGUGGAGGACAUUGACUACGUCGACACAUACAGGGCUAUGGAGAAGCUCCUCUCCUCCGGCAAGGUCAAGGCCAUUGGAGUGUCCAACUUCUCCAAGGCCGAGAUGGAGCGCCUGCUCAAGGAAACCUCCGUCGUGCCCGCCGCCCACCAGCUCGAAAGCCAUCCCUGGUUGCAGCAGCCCGACUUCGCCGAAUGGCACAAGUCCAAGGGCAUCCACGUCACCCACUACUCGCCCUUCGGUAACCAGAACGAGGUCUACUCCAAGGAGGGUACCAUCGGCAAGAUGAUCGAGGACCCCGUCCUGGUCGACAUUGGCAAGAAGUACAACAAGAGUGGCGCCCAGGUCGCACUGGCCUGGGGUAUCACACAGGGUCACUCCGUCCUCCCCAAGUCCAAGACCCCAUCCCGAAUCCAGGCCAACCUGGAGGGAGACUUCAAGCUGAGCGACGAAGACAUGCAGAAGAUCCGCGGCAUCGACCGCAAGCUUCGCUUCAACGACAGCAGCGCCGACUUCGGUAAAGAUUUCUUCACCGACUUGGAUGGCAAGAAAUAAAAUCUCCUUUUCCCCCAACCGUCCUCGUCUUUUUUUUCUCCGAAAUUUUCACAAGCGUUCCAAUUCAACCGCAUGUGACAACAUCACACCCCCUGGCCAAAAAGAAAAGGUGGGGGGAGGGCGCAUGCUAUGUAUUAUAAUGUUAUGGAUAUGAGUCAAUGAAAUGAUAUGUCAAAAGAAAAAAUAGAUAAAUCCGAG